UUCCCGAAGCUCGUGUUACGUGUUCGAGAUGCGUAGCGUGCGCAGCAGCAUCACCAUCAGCCGGUUGGGGAUUUAUCCGAGACAAUCAAACAUACGCACUGGAUCCAUCUGCCUGAAUUCGUCUACCGCCUCCAACGGCUAUCAGUUCCAUUCCCAUCAUCCACAAUGUAGACUGGUCACCACACUAUGGCCAUGCAAUCCCACCGUCACAUCAAGCGAUUCACCCCGGAGGACAAUCGGUAGUCACAGUCACAGCGUGAAAGCGUGUUCCUCACCUGUUCUGCUGUGUGCCAGCACCUCGUCAACGGAUGUUUCUUCCUGUACGUUUCCGCCCCAUCCACAGCGAACCGUACGUCGUUUGCUUCACGUGUCCGCGGUCUGUGAUAAAUCAUCAUCGAAGGAUGGUGGCAGCGGAACUAACCCGCCGGGAGGUAGUGGUACGGCGGGCGGUAAUGGAAGCGGAACGACCGCAAGUGGAAGCGGUGGUGGCUCUUCGUCCGUCGGUGCCGGUGGAAAGGACGGUGGUAGCGGCAGUGGUAAGGAACCACCGAACAAGAAAAACACACUGUCCUGCCCAAAGUGUGGCGACCCUUGUACGCACGUGGAAACGUUCGUCAGCUCGACGCGGUUCGUAAAGUGUGAAAAGUGUCACCAUUUCUUCGUGGUACUGUCCGAGGUUGAUUCGAAGAAAACGAUAAAGGACACGGAAACGAAGGGUGCCCGGAAGCCACCGCCACCGCCGAAGAAAAUUAUGGAGUACCUCGAUCGGCACGUCGUCGGUCAGGAGCUAGCGAAAAAAGUUCUUUCGGUGGCGGUGUACAAUCACUACAAGCGCAUCUACCACAACCUUCCGCCACCGGCAUCGUCCGCAUCGGCGAAUGCACAGCAACAGCAGCUGGACUCGAUGUCGCGCAGCGGCGAUCUGCUGCACAUAUCCGGCAUCGGUCAUACCAUGAUGAGCUCGGCCCCGUCCGAAGUGCCACGGCCACCGAUGGGUGCCGGUGGUGGAGGGGCCGGACAUGGUGGGGCUGGCUCGAACGCACACCAUCCCGGGUCGGAGCUGCUGGACAAGAAGACGCACGAGCUGAAGCUGGAGAAGAGCAACAUUCUGAUGCUCGGACCGACCGGCUCGGGCAAAACGCUGCUUGCACAAACGAUUGCCAAGUGCCUGGACGUUCCCUUUGCCAUCUGUGAUUGUACGACGCUAACGCAGGCCGGUUACGUCGGUGAGGAUAUUGAGAGUGUGAUUGCGAAGCUGCUGCAGGACGCUAACUAUAGCGUCGAGCGGGCGCAGACGGGCAUCGUGUUUCUGGACGAGGUGGACAAGAUUGGAGCCGUGCCCGGCAUCCAUCAGCUGCGCGACGUUGGGGGUGAGGGUGUGCAGCAGGGCAUGCUGAAGAUGCUCGAGGGAACGAUCGUGAACGUGCCGGAACGAAAUUCGCCACGAAAGCUGCGCGGCGAAACGGUGCAGGUGGACACAACAAACAUUCUGUUCGUGGCGUCCGGUGCGUACACCGGUUUAGAUCGUCUGAUUGCGAGGCGGUUGAACGAGAAGUACUUGGGCUUCGGCAUGCCGGCAAGUUCAUCGGAAGGGCGCCGGGCAGCACAGGCAUCGGCUUCACCGAUGGAUAACGAUCAAGUAGAGCGGGACGCAAAUCUGAAGAAAGUGCAAGCGAAAGAUCUCGUCGAGUUCGGUAUGAUUCCCGAAUUUGUUGGUCGCUUCCCGGUUCUGGUGCCGUUCCACAGCCUCGAUGUGGACAUGCUCGUACGCAUUUUAACCGAGCCGCGGAAUGCGCUCGUACCCCAGUACAAAGCACUCCUCGGUAUGGAUCAGGUUGAGCUAUCGUUCACCGAUGAUGCUCUGAAACAAAUCGCUCAACUAGCCAUGGAACGACAAACCGGUGCCCGUGGUCUACGUGCAAUUAUGGAAACGCUUCUCCUAGAACCAAUGUUUGAGGUGCCCGGUUCGGAUGUGAAGGGCGUUCGCAUCACGGAAGAAAGUGUACGCGGUGCCGAACCGAUCUACGUGCGCCGAGGUGAAUCGAACGCUUCGAACAAGGAUCCGCCCGCUUCUGGUGAGGCUGGCCACACGAGUAGCUCGUCGGAGGAAGAGGAAGCGACAAAGGUGCGCGUAAAGCAGUAG